UCACACCCGCAGGUUUCCUCCCCUCCCGGGCAUCCUCGCGCGUCCGACGAGGGCAGCGGGCACCCACCCACCCACCCACCUUCCUACCCACCCCAAGUCACUCCCCGCCUCGGGAACCCAAGCACCGCCCUGCGCUCCCACUCGCGCCCGUAACGACUCGGCAAAACCCCCCCCAUCGAAAUCCUUCAGCACAGGUGAGAGGGCGAACAGUACCGAAAUAGUGUAGCACGGUGCAGUAGCCGGAAUCCCUCCUUCCGUUUCUCCAGUCCCGCAUGGCUGCGGCGACGAGGUAGCACUCUCGGAUGGCGGCGGGCGGGGGCGGCGGAGGAGGAGCAGGGGCCGGAGGGAGGAGCACGCUGGCGGCGGCGCGGGAGGCGCCGGGGCCCGCGGCGAUCCCGGCGGGGGCGGUGGCAGCCGCGGAGAAGGCGGCAGCAGAGGUGGUCCGGCGCGUGCAGCCCACAGAGGCCUCGGAGCGGCGGCGCGCGGAGGUCGUCGACUACGCGCGGAGGCUCGUCGGCGCCGCGCUCGGGUGCGAGGUCUUUGCAUUCGGAUCGGUCCCAUUAAAGACUUACCUUCCUGAUGGGGAUGUUGAUCUAACUGUACUUGGAAAUACAUCUUAUAAUAGUAGUUUGAUCAAUGAUGUUUACGGUGUCCUUGAAUCAGAGGAGCGGAAUAGUGAUGCUGAAUUUGAAGUGAAGAACUUGGAUUUAAUCAAUGCUGAGGUCAGGCUCAUUAAAUGCACUAUUGAAAAUAUUAUAGUUGAUAUCUCAUUCAACCAAACCGGCGGGAUCUGCGCACUCUGCUUCCUCGAGCUGGUUGAUCGUGAAGUUGGAAAAAACCAUCUAUUUAAAAGGAGCAUCGUAUUAAUCAAGGCAUGGUUCUAUUAUGAAAGUCGUCUACUAGGAGCUUAUCAUGGAUUAAUAUCUACUUACGCACUGGAAAUACUGAUCCUUUACAUACUCAAUCGAUUCCACAAAAAUGUCCAUGGCCCUCUGGAGGUUCUGUAUAGGUUUCUGGAAUAUUUUAGUAAAUUUGACUGGGACAACUAUUGCAUAAGCUUAAAUGGCCCUGUUGCUUUGUCAUCUUUGCCAAACUUAAUUGUUGAAGCUACAGGUACACAUGCUGAUGACUUAUUGUUUGACAAAGAGUUCCUAAAAUGUUCAGUGGAUAAAGCAUUUGUACCUCAGAGAGAUUCUGAUGCAUGUUAUACGAGAUUUUGUCCGAAACAUCUAAAUAUAAUUGAUCCACUGAAGGAGUACAACAAUCUUGGCAGAAGCGUCAACAAAGCUAGCUUUCAUCGUAUUCGAACAGCUUUCUCAUAUGGUGCUCGAAAGCUUGGUCAAAUUCUCACGUUACCAUCACAACUUGUUCCUGAUGAGAUUUACAGUUUUUUCAAGAACACUUUAGGAAGGAAUGGAAGAGGAGUAAGGCCAGAUAUUCGCAGUGAUGGUGUAUUUCAUCCUUCCCUUGAUACUGACAAGUCUCUUUUGGAAGAUAUAGCAAGUAUGAAAAUUUCUUACAAGAAGGAAGAUGAGAACAGAACUCCUCGUCAUCUUUCAAAGAGCUUGGAUAAUAACAAUUCAUAUGAUAGAAUAGAUAUACCUACAUAUCUGGGUAGUUGUUUCCCAGGGGGUCACAUUGUUGCAUCAAAUACUUAUUUAAGUACAGGAUCACCCCGUUUUGUCCAUCAUGCACCAGAACAAUACUCAUCGCUUUACCUAGAGAAUGGAAAUUCUGGCAGUGAAAAGUGUUAUAUGGACCAUGAAAUGGAGCAGGUAUCUCAUUGCUCGGCUAAAGCCCUCCAUGUAGAUGUCAGAUCAUCGAUACAGUCAGAAGUUCAUCUGAACAACCCAUCACAUGCAUGGAACUCCUCUGCUGGUGGCAAUACUUUGGAACUAACCAAUAACAAGAAAAAUUGGAGUGCUCAUGUGGAAAAACAACAUCUUACUCCCUCAUCAUUGAGCUUGCCAGAUCUAUCAGGGGAUCUGGAUUCACAGUUCAGAUGCCUGCGUCAAGUUCAGUACCACCUAGAAUACUUGUUUGAUGGGUUUUUGCAGUCUGUUCAAGAAUCAUCUUCUGAUGAUAAGGUUCACAAGGAUUCCUUUCACGUUGCUUCACUUAGUAGCUUGUUGAAUUCGGACACUGCAUUGCCAGGGUUACUGUUUCCUUCAUCUACUAAAAAUAAUGGAAGGAAAUCAUCUCCUGUUUCUUGUACUCAUAGUCAUUACGCAGAAGAUGUUUCCCAGUAUUUACAAGAUGAAGAACCGUGGGAUGUGGCUUGCCAGCAGAAUAUAUCAUUGCACUCUGGAACAGAUGUUCCAUCCAAUGGACUCUCGCCUUCUUCUCAUUCUAAUUCAGAGAUUUCUUCUGUUUCGUGGUGUUAUAGCUUUGAGGAUAUCCCCAAGAAGAAUGGAACAGCAUCCUUUACCAAAAAGAGGUAUGAUACUUACAAGGAACACUUGACAUCUAGAGAGAAUGUAACAAUACUGACAAAUCAACCAGUGAAGAUUAAAAGUAACCAGACCUCGGCACCAGGAGGAAGUUUUGUCUCUUACACGGAGCAAGUUGCUCUAAACAGUAGAACGAAGGGAAAAAUAAUAGGUCAACCGUUAAAGGUUUGGGAUAGUCCACAUGGAUACAUUCACUCAGAUAGAAAGACUGUUGAAAAGCAGAGUUGUGAUACUGAAAAUGAAUUUAUCAGAGGUGACAAUGAACCAAGAGAAAUACCAAAGUACCGGCAGGAUGUUUGCUCAAAUAAAAACAUGUUGCAGAGGCGAUGUUAUGACACUGGCAUGGAGUUUGCAAGACCUCCCAGUGCACUGAAGCAGAAGGCGAAAUAUCAGGCAUUUAAUAGUCAAAAUACUCCCAAGGACUGUACUAGAGCUAGUCGAAGCAACAACUUGUCUAGAGUGUCCAGAGAGCAGAGCUAUGGCACUAGAAAAGAGCAUCAGAUACUUGACUGGACAACAAAGCAAAUACCAUUGAAGCUUCAAAACAAACGACGUGGCCAGGUUUGCUCAAAGAAGAACUCAGCUGAAAGACAAAAUUUUGAUAAUCACAAAGAGCACCUUUCUUUUGUAAGAGGAGCAGACCACAUACCAUGUAGCCGUGCGGUGAGCACUAUUAAUGGUUUAGAAACGGAGGUUUGCUCAGACAAGCAUGUUGAUAAUGGAGGUCAGGUAAGGCCAUUGUUACCAGAGGUGCCACUUUCUUGUCAUAACAUCAAUAGCCAAGAGAAGCCUCCAGUAUCUGAGGUCUACUCAGACAAGCAUAUUGGUAAUGGAGGUCAGGUAAGGCCAUUGGUGCCAGAGGUCCCACUUUCUCGUCUCAAUAGCCAAGAGAAGCCUCCAGUAUCUAAUGUUUACUCAGACAAGCAUGUUGACAAUGGAGGUCAAGUAAGGCCAUUGUUGCCAGAGGUGCCACUUUCUCCUCGUAACAUCAAUAGCCAAGAGAAGCCUCCAGUAUCUGAUACUUCUCAACCGUCCUUCCCUUUUGCAAAUGGUCCACCGGUAGAGAAUAUUGAGUUUGGAUCUUUGGGGCCUUUUGCACUGACUUUUUUCUCAUCGAAGUCAAACGAAGCUACUAACACACAUUCUGCCAGUAAGAUGUUUACAGAUGUCUCUGCCUCGGUGUUACAAAGGUCUAGAGCUGGUGCAACAGAAAGCAGGUCACCAGGAUUUUGCAAAGUGGGAGAUGAAGAUGGAUUCGCACCUCUUAAUGCUGGGGCCCGGUGAGACUUGACGUACAUACAGAUGAUACAACUGAUCAAUAGAGUUUGAGAGCGAAAGGAGCUUUGUGCAGAAUUUUCUUGGGAGCACAGAUACGAGGGCUCUAGUGGUGUAGUAUAUUAGUAUAUCCUACCGUGUAAAAUUUCAUUGAUACCUUAUCUUCUUCUCACUUUUUUCCACUUUUGUGUCUAUAGUUACAUCGUAGAAGGAUUUCAGGGGUACUUAUACAGUUAUAUGUUCAGUUUCAGUGUAACUUAGCAAGGAGAAAGAUCAGGUAAUGAUACUUAGGUUUCUGCUGUGCCUUC